AUGGGCCUUCCAAAAGACGAUAGCUGGCUGUUCAACCAUGCUGUAGAUGCAGAUAAUCAUCUUAUCGGUCUUUUCUGCAUCCAUCGUUCAUGUCUUAAGCUUCUUCGUGACCAUUCGUACGUUCUCAUCAUGGACUGUACCUACAAAACGAAUAACUACAAGAUGCCGAUGUUGGAUAUCAAUGGGGUUACGUCUAUAGGAACUACAUACUUUGUUGGCUUCGUUUUUAUGUAUAACGAAAAAGAGCCUUCAUACAAUUUUGCGUUGACCAAUCUAAAGGCUGUCUAUGAACACCUCAAGCUCUCUCUACCACGGACUAUUCUAACUGACAAAGAGCGUGCUUUAAUUAACGCAUGCCAGAAGGUCUUUCCCUCGGCUGACCACAUGAUCUGUCUUUGGCAUGUCAUGAAUAAUAUUCAUACAAAAGCCCGUCCCUUGCUUCAUAAGGAGCUAAUCCAGUCCCUCCCAACAGCCCCAGACCCCAAGGAUAAGGACACAAAUGAGCAGCUUAAUAAGGAUACCGAGGAUCGUUUGAAAAAGAUGCUUCCUAAGUUUAUGACGGUUAUCCAGGCCCCUACACAUAGUGACGCAAUGACAUGCUGGCAGGCUUUUAAAGAUAAGUAUGAUAACGAGAUCUUUCAGCCUUUGCUUGCCUACAUCGAGAAGGAGUGGCUUAAUGAGGAUACAAAACCUCAAAUUCUAGAGUGUUUUACCAAUAACUUCUUCCACCUUGAUAUGCGCUCAACCUCACGUGGAGAGGCGUCCCACUGGCGCCUAAAGAAAGAUCUAGGCACCUCAAUUGCUGACUAUCUUUACGUUAUCCAGUCAUUCGAGAGAUCAAUCUGCCACCAGCACAACCUCUGCCAAAUACAGAUAGACCAUGAAAAUAUUGAAAAGCCACUUAGAAUGCUCCGGUCAUCUCUUUUUGGUAACGUCCUUACACGAAUCUCCCAAUUUGCCCUUUAUAAGGUAUUAUCAAUUUAUGACAAAUUCCUGCUACGGGGGGACAAGAAAUUGCCUAUACCAGAGGCUUGUACGGGUAACACCCAAGCAACACAGGGAAUCCCAUGUAUCCACAUUAUUGAAGACCAUAUGAAGCAUCAGAAAUCCCUAUCAGUCAGCCACUUCCAUCCGCAGUGGUAUCUGUAUCCUGCUGCUGAUACCUCCCCCGGAUCCUCGUACAAUUGUACUGGAACCCUGGAUAGUUCAGUCCGUUCGAGGACGGCCAGCCGGCUCACUAAAUAA